AUGAGUUUCGUGGUCUCGGAGCGGGAGGCGAGACAAUCCGGGGAAAUUCAUUGCGACACCAUCUGCUACGACGGCCAGCCCAUCGACGUCAACGUCGAAGGCAACACACUCGCCAAGGCCUUGCACUACUGCAAGAAGCACGCCUACUCAGACGACCAUGACCUCCGCGCCUGGGACGCCAAGUUCGUCGCCGACCUAGAUCUCGAGACACUAUACGAUCUCACCCUGGCUUCCCACAAACUUGAAAUCCAAGGCCUGCUUGCACUCACCUGUCAGACUCUCGCCAAUAAGAUCAAGGGCAAGUCGCCCCAUGAGACCUGUCAUGUACUAAACAUCAGGGGUGUCUUCACUCCGGAAUUACAUCAAGAGCAUUCAAGUGAAUCUUGCGCUAGCCACACGGUUUUAGCCGCUAUGAAAAUCAACGCAAAUUGGUGGCACCUAGAGCGAAAAUUGGUAGAUAAGGCGUUACGGGCUCUCGACAUAGUUCGUCGCCAAGACUUCACCGGAUACGAGCCCAAGAUCGAUGGUUUAGUACGUCAUCGAUUCAGCGACUUCAACCUUGCCUUCUUCGACUUAGAUAAAGAGAGUGAGUAUUUUGAUGAUUGUUCGUUCCAUUACGUAAGGGAAUCAGAUGUUGGCUUUCCGGUUGACAUAUUUGGCACUGUUGUUGCAAGGGACACAGAGGACUACCGAUGUGUCUAUCUGUUUCGGCGUGAAAGGGACGACCCCCAACACAUCAGCUCGCCGGUCUACAACCCUGUGGAAGCAACAAUUGAAAUAAAUGUUUUGAAGGGGCCGUGCAACAUCUCAAGAGUAGCUGCUUCGACACCUGGCAACUUCAAGGAUCAUAUCAUUCUAUACGAAGCAGCAGGAGGGCCGACCAUAAUCGGUGAUGGCGGCUCUGUUCCGUUGAGUCGUCGUGUGGUCGCCGUCACACGGGAGAAGAAGCUGGCGCUAUUUCUUGUGGGUGGUGAUGCACUUGAAUACCUUGCCCUCACUCUAGGUCAUUCUGAUGAAGUGGUCAAUCGGAGGAUGGGCUGUGCCCAAGUGGAGGUGAAAGUUGCGUGGACAGCUGUCCCGGCAAGGAAGAGACCUAAUAUGUUUAAGGCGGUGGCAAACCAGCUGUUAUUGAUGUGA